AGAUUGACAACUGUAGCUUUUGCAUUUCUGCCGUUUAUAAUUUAUUUUCUUUCAUGUAACUUUUUGAGCGCAUUGCGCCGCUAUCCUUUUUUGGGUAUAAAAUGUGUUUUCUGCGUUUUCUACAGCAAGCGCGUGCGACGCUUGGACGCUAUCUACCCGAGAAGGCGGCAAUCAGCAGUGCAAUCGGCAGCACAGCGGGAGAGAGUGAGAGAGAGAAGGAGAAUGGCAAACAGAGGGAGGAGCAGCGUAAAUUGCAUAUUGUGAUUGGCAAUGAAUCUUGUGAUCUGGAUUCGGCAGUGUCGGCUAUAACGCUUGCAUUUAUCUAUAGUCAGCGCAGCAAGGAGAAUGAUUAUGUGCCAAUCUUGAAUAUACCACGUCUCGAUUAUCCACUAAAGACGGAGGUGGGACACAUGUUCAACAAGUGCCACAUUGAUGAGCGAAUGUUACUCUUCCGGGAUGAUCUGCCACAGCAUUUGUCCAGUGAUAUCAAUGUCAUACUCGUCGAUCAUCAUGUCAGUGAUUUGGCCACGAAUGUUGUGGAAAUACUCGAUCAUCGUCCGUUGGAGAAUAAUCCGGCAAUGCAGCUGUUGCCGUCGCAUUGUGUGCGUCACAUUGAACCGGAGCUGGGUUCCUGUGCCACACUCAUUACGGAACUGUAUUUGGCCCGGCAGCAGCCACGUUCGUCUCAUGUGGAGCAGCUGUUGCAUGCCACCAUUGUGCUGGACACCAUUAACUUCUCCACAGCUGCCAAACGCUUUUGUGCCCGGGAUCUGACAAUGGUACAGCAAUUGGAGCAACUGCAGAGAGUUGAUAAAGAUGUUGAUGAUGUUGAUAAUGAGCGGACGCAACGUCGUUUGUUGUUUGAUGAGCUGGUGGCAGCCAGAGCGGACAUUAGUCGACUUACCUUAGCCGAGGUGCUGCGCAAGGAUAUGAAGCAACUGCAGACGGAGCAUCAAAAGGUGCCCAUGGCGGGCUUACCCAUGCUGGUCAGAGAAUUCAUUGAGAAACCCGAUGCCGAGCAGGCAAUACGACAAUUUGCUGGCGAUGCAAAUUUAAUUGUUAUCCUCGGCAUGUUUGUGCCACCUCAAUCCGGGGGACAAGUGCAACGGGAUGUGGCCAUCAUCUCGCCAACGGGACAAACACAACUGCUGGAACGGGUGAGACGUGCUCUGCUGGAUUGCCAGACACCGCAACUGGAACUGAAGCCACACGAUGUGGAUACCAAUUUCAUGGGCGGUUGCUUUCUGCGGCAACACAAUGUCCGGGCGACCAGAAAGCAUAUACUGCCCGUGGUGAAGCGGGCUCUGUUGGAUUGGGAGGCAACACAGCAUCCGCAUUGUGACUGCGAUGAUGUCUACUUUUUCAAGGAGAAGCCCAAACUGGGACUCUCCUAAAUAAAUCAGAAGAAACAAGAAUAAACAAAUCAAACUGAAGACUGGACAAAAGACAAAGGAUAAAGGAUGAGGAUGCAACUGUUGGAGGCUUAGGGAAAUGCAAAUGUAUCUGUCCACCUGCAAGUACAAAGCAAGGGACACACACACACCUGUAACACACACAUACAACACACACACACACUGUUAAAUGGGCAUUCAAUUUGUAUUGUAUUUAGUUAAACAGUCUGAUUAACGCAUCUAAUCAAGCAAUUGACUAAUUCUUAAGGUCAUGUUAAUAUCGCCACCAAAUCUCUCGCAAAUCUCUCGUUGCGUUCCUAAUCAAAAAGUACACAAAUAACAUUAAAAACAAAAACAAUCAUGAUAAUAAUAAUCAAAAAAAAAAAAAAAACUAACAUUUUGUUAUUGGAGUAGUUGAAUUGUAGUAUUGUAUUAAGUAUACUAAUUUAUGUUGUAUAUGUGGUAAUUAUUAAAAGGAGCUUACAACUCCAAAACUCGAAGAUACAGAAAUAUAUAUCUAAAUGUCGACUAGCUAAAUCGUCUGUUAAGCAUAUUGUAUAUUAAUAAAUACGAAAAGUUAUCUAUUUAAAA